GGUUGGCGGGGGUGGAGCUGGCCGGCGGCGAUCCCGCGGCUGGGUCGAGAUGCCGUCGGAGCGGUAUCGCUGGGAGACCCUGGAGGCGCUCAAGGGUUCCAGCAAGGGGCAGCUGAGCUACUCCCAGGACUGGCUGCUGCGGGGUGAGGAUAUUUUGGAAGGAUGCCGGUCCCCUCCCAAGUUGUCAUCCUACUCUGGCUGGGUGCUGGAUCGAGUGAUCUCCCAAUCUCUACAGGAAACACCUCUCUCCCGAAGUUCAACACCCAAUGAAUCCAUUCCCCAUACAGAUGACCAGCCGCCCUCCCUUGCAAAGACCACUUCUUCUGCCAGCGAGCUGGGCUUCUCACCACUUUCAUCUGCAGCACCCAGUGAAUCAAAGGGCAAUGAAGAUCUUAGUCUGCUGGAGACAGACCACAAAGACAAUCUUCUUGUUCUACCAUCUAAAGUUACAGAGGUGGAAGGCUGCAUAUGGAUGUACAAGGAGGUCCAUAGGUUGAAAGGAAAGGAGGGGCUCAGGCAGAGGCAGGAGCAGCAAGAACAGAUGGUGAGAGCGGUUUCUGAUAUGGCGAGUGAGCAGCUGAAGCGCUUUGAUGAGCUGAAGGAAUUAAAACAGCAUCAGGAAUACCAGGACCUGCAGGAAGUGAUGGAGAAGAGCUCUAGGGAGGCCCAGGGUCAGCAGGAGAAGUUGAAAGAGGAACAUCGACACAGAGCAAAGAUUUUAAACCUGAAACUUCGUGAAGCAGAACAGGAGAGGCAGCGUCAGGAGGAGUUGGAGCGUCUGCGCAAGGAAGAAGGCCAGGAAAGGCUACGCCGCCUCUAUUCUAUCCAGGAAGAGGUGCUGCAGCUUAACCAGCAGAUUGACCCCAACUACAGACAUAAAGACUUGCCACGGAUAGAUCUCUCAGGGUUCAGUAACCGUGGCAACCAGAUCUGUGGGCUAGUGUCUGGGCUCAUUCGCACCACUAGUGAGAGAGGUUUCCCUACUCAGGUAGAUGUAGCCAACACUGAGCGAGCACUGCAGGAAAUGCGAGGGUUAAUAUCUAGCAUGCAACAAGAAAUUGCCACAGCUUUGGAAGAGAAAAGGAAGCGGGAUGAAGACGAGGAAAGAGAGAGGCAGAAGGAGUUACAGAAACAAGAGCAGCUGAAGGCCCAGACUCCAGUCCCUGCACAACAUCCACGGGGGAAAGAGCAGAAGGAAGUAUUAGGACUUCAGGUUAAGGCAGAGGAGAGCACAAUGCAGUGGUAUCAGCAAUUGCAGGAUGCCUCUGACCAGUGUGUUGCUUCCUUUAGUGGAUUGACUGACUGCAAAGACAAUCAGGUGAAGAAUAUCAGAAUGGAUCUCCAGAAAGCAGCCAGCAUUCCUGUGAGCCAGAUUUCAUCCAUAGCAGGCUCUCAGCUAAGAGAGAUAUUUGACAAAAUCAAUAACCUUCUCUCUGGAAAGUCUGUUCAGUCUGGAGGGCGAACUGUGUCGGUGACUCAACAUCCACAGGGUCUGGAUUUUGUUUAUUACAAACUGGCGGAGAAAUUUGUGAAACAAGGAGAGGAGGAAGUGGCUUCUCACCACGAGGCAGCUUUCCCAAUUGCUGUGGUGGCUUCAGGAAUCUGGGAAUUACACCCCAGGGUGGGAGACCUCAUUUUAGCUCACCUGCACAAAAAAUGCCCCUACUCUGUACCAUUUUAUCCUGCGUUCAAGGAGGGGACUCCCAUAGAAGAGUAUCAGAGGAUACUUGGUUAUCAAGUUAAGGAUUCCAAGGUAGAACAGCAGGAUAAUUUCCUUAAACGGAUGUCUGGAAUGAUCCGUCUUUAUGCGGCUAUCAUUCAACUACGGUGGCCUUAUGGAAACAAACAAGUGACUCACCCUCAUGGGCUGGGCCAUGGAUGGCGCUGGCUGGCUCAAAUGUUGAACAUGGAGCCUCUCUCUGAUGUGACAGCUACACUUCUCUUUGAUUUCUUAGAGGUGUGUGGCAAUGCGCUCAUGAAACACUACCAGGUCCAGUUCUGGAAGAUGCUGCUACUUAUCAGAGAAGACUAUUUUCAUAGGAUUGAAGCAAUCACCAUCUCUGGGCAGAUGGGCUCUUUAAUGCGGCUUAAGCAAUUUUUGGAGAAAUGUUUGCAGCGGAAGGAAAUUCCUUUACCAAAGGGUUAUCUGCCUUCUUCCUUCUGGAGGUCAUAAGUCGGUUCCUUCCCAUUUUCAUCUUCACAGUAGUUCAAAGAAUUUCCUCACCUACCUUCUUGUUACAUUCAGGGACAAGAAUACAUAGAAAUGUAAAUCUUACAUUUGUAUUUCCAUGGAUGUUGUGGAUAUUUUCAACUGAAACAUUUUACCCAUCUUUGAUCCUAUUUUAUGCUAAACAGAAUUUGGAGCUUCAGUAACUUUUCUCAUCUAACUUAUUUUGCAAAUAAUUUAAGCCAUUCUGUUUGCAUUUCAUUAGCUUUACGGACCUAUUGUGUGUGUAUUAUGGAAUAUAAGAGGCUCCUUCACAUCUUGAACAGUGAAUGUGUCAAGUGCAUAAACUAGUCUAAAUGCCCCACUACACUUUAGAGUUUACUUACAGUAAGCAAUGACUUUCAGGUGGGAAUUUUGCUCUGAAUUGAUCAAUCUGUGAUAGUUUUACAUGAAACUGCAAAUAGAAAUACCUCAGUACUUUAGUCACAUUAAGGUCUAAAUAUAAAAUCCUGUAAAACUUUAUUUUUGCAUUUUCUGUGUCUAGGCAUUUUAAAGUUGUUUCAUUGUUAACAGCAUUGGAGCCCAUAGGAAAAUUCAUUUUAUAUCUGGCUGCCUAAAAGUCCAAAGCAGCAAAAGUGGUGGUUGUGUUAACGAGGCUGAUUUGAUGUUGGUCAAAUGUCAUUUUGGUCGUGGAGACAGCAUUGAUUUCUUCAUUUUUCCCCAGGGAAGGCCUUAAAAUCAACAGCUCUUUCAUUUUAACUUAGAAAUUCUGAUUUUUCCUAAUGACACAGCAUUCCUUAUUUACCAGGGUUAGACUUGAUUUUUACAGCUACAUAAGCAAUAUGAUGGCUGCUGAAGAACAGCUCACUGCUAUUUGUUUUUUGGAUUUUUUUUAAAAGGCUUUGCAUGUGUGUAAUAUCUUUACUGUGAGGUUCAUGAAACUAGAAGGAUCCAUGAUCCACCAUAUGAAAUGUAGUUUAGAAUUGGUUUGACCAAAAAAAACAACAAAAAAACAGCAGGUGGAAGGGCACUUAACAGCUUUGUGUCUUCUUCAGUACUGAUAUUGUGCUAUCACAUGAAGAAAUUAGAAAUGUAGAAAUUAGAAGUUAGUCCCCUUGGCUUGUCUAAAGAAGAACUGAACUGUGGUAUUGACCUGUGUCGAAAAAAGCCUUUAUAGCUUGAUCAGACAUGGAUUGUAUGAGUUUUACUGCAGUUAGUGUAUAAAGUACUGUAAUAGUUUUGUACUAUGAUAGUGUAAUGUUGAAUUAUUCUAAGAAUGGUUCAUUCUAGAAUCUUAUUUGAAAAAAAUGUUAAAUUUAAGACUCUUUUUAACCUAAAGCUGAUGCAGUUUACUUCUCUCUGGGUGCCUGCAAUGGUGCCAAGUAAGUUUCUGGGAAUCCAUAAUGGGUGUCUGUACCAAUAUGUUAUGGAAGGUCAGAUUGGGAGGUGAUUUUUGACAGUGGAGUGCACUCUGCCUGAGAGGCCAUUGAAGAGGUAGCAGUUAUGUGCUACAUGUUAAUAUUUCUCCCAUUUCUAGUGGACAGGUGCCCAUAUUGCAACUGGAUAGCUAAAUUGACAGUCUUGGCAGGAAGAGAGAUUUAAUAUGAAAAUUUAAAAUUUACAUUUCUAACCCAGAGGGUGGCUUAUUCACAAAUGUGGGGUGGGAGGAGGGAAGGGGGCAUUGUGGAGAUGAUUCUACUAUCAUUGCACAUAGUAUAGAAUUUUAGUUUUUAAUCCAGAAUCUUCCUCCACCUUCCGUCACUGCCCUGCUCAUGUGCUUAACUUCGGCCUGGAGGGGUCACAUCUAAUAUUGAGGGGGUAAUUCAGUUUGCAUACUUAUUCAAUCUUUGACCUCUUUGCUGAGGUCUGGCAGCCUUGUAGUGAGAGCUGACAGCUAAAGUGAGUUGGAUACCUAAUCGCUGGGAACUGGGCUGGACACUCAUUUUUUUUGUAGUCCAUUUAACAGCCAUCCGAUGGUAGCCACUUGCUUGCUGUUGAUCUGGGCUCUGGCUGAAGUAGUAUCCUAGAAUCAACUAGACCUCUCCUCUCUUUCUCCCUCUCCUUUUGUAUAUUUGAUGAAGACCCUUUAAUUCAGAAAUAGUUCAGGUAGAGAUUGUUCUAGCAAAAUUAAUAGCAUUUUCAUGUUUUAUUGGCAUUUUUUUGUCACUGAGACCUCCAAAAAUGUUUUUAGUCUUUAGUGAAGAGCAAGUUUUGAGAGAGAGGAAAUUAAAUGAAAAUAAGUAAAAACUCGGACAAGAACAUGAUUGUAUGUAUUUGAGAAAUGACCAUUGAGGCAAAGUGUUUCACAAAACACUGCCACAAACACUAUUUAAGCAAUAUUAUCACAAGAUUUUGAGUAUCUAUGAUGAAGUCAUCUACUGAUAAAGCUUAUGCUACAGUGUUUUUAAUAAUAUGUAUCUCUAUAGCUUAAAUUUUGUAUGUUAAACUUUCCCGGGAAGCACAUGUAAAAACACUGUCCCCGAUACAAGAAGGAAAAUGUUUUUUAAUUUUUUUUUUUAAAGUCUGACUGCUUAGAGUUGGUAAUACUGAUAGCUGUUCUAGAAUGCUAUUGAAAGGAUACAAGGGGAGAUCGUCAGAAGCGCAAAGGACAGUUAGGUAUUCAAGUCCUAUUAGUGCCUCAUAAAAUUUCUCACUGUGCCUAUGUUUAGUGUAGCAACCAUUCCUAUAAUGAACAAACUAAAAUGUAUUUAAUUACAUCUUGAAUAUCUAAUGCUUACUGUUGUGGUCAUAUUGGAUAUUUUGGUUAAAUAUUAUAGAUUUUGUUUAAGUUCUAAAAUGUGUGUGGAUCAUGUUUUAUGACAAUAUGCAAGGCAGGAAGCUUUGUAUAUUUUAGUUAUUUAGGGGAUAUUAAUGAAGGUGUAUGUUUUUAUAAAUACCGUAAGGAUGUUGAGUUUCUCUGCCUUACUCAUGAAAGACUGUUGCAAUGGAUUGCCAUGAUGUUUUGAAACUAUAUUUAAAUAGAGCAAUAAAUUUAUUUUUUAAAAUGCUUCCACUUAAUGUAUUCGCAUAACCAAAAUGUAACACAUACCACCUUUCCAGGGGUAGUUCAUAAUUGUAUCUAGUGGUGUCUAAUGUAACUGAAGUCUCAUUUUUUGUUGCAACUGUUUUUUUCCAUUUCUGUCGAUUUGAGUGAUGGCCAUCUUGCCUUACUGGGGUAUUUAGAGAACUUCUCAAUGCAGCGUAGAAUAGAAUGUAUUUAUAUAAUCUCAAAUGCACUUAAAGGAUUUGUUUCCAGUAUGUAUGCGUCACAUUCAUUUCAAAUACAGUGUAAAUGGGAACAUCUGACAUGAAAAAUUGUUGUACAUUAACGACCUGAUCCAAUUUAAAUUGAUGUGAUUGAUGUGACUCAUGUACUUCAUUAGAGAUAAUGGUCCUGUUGCAGUCCUACAGGUUCUGUUGCAAUGUCUGUGGAAGAUGAUUUUUAUUCUAUUUAAUUGCUUUAACAGCUUGCACAGGAGCUGAAAGAGAAUGUAUAUUUGUGGGUUUUUUAAUAAAGAACAAAACCACAACUCUG